UGAAAGAUCAAAUUUAUGUAUGAAAAAGGAAAAAUGCGUCUUAGACGUUUCUCUACACAGGCUGUACUUUCUAAGCGUUUCUCGGUCGCGCGCUCUCUGGAGGUGUCGCGCACCGGGAGCGCGCUCUGCUUAGGGGCGGGGCCGCGCGGAGUCACCGCAGCCAGGGAUGUGAAACUUGUCCCGGAUAUUUACCUAACUCUACCUGGCCUUUCCGACGCGCCCCGUCCCGAGCUCCUCGCAGCGGACACUCUGAAGGAUAUUACCCCGCUCUCUGACGCCACACCGCCGAGAAAGUGUGCUGAGAGCCAGAUCAACCCACCUGGAAAUUCAAGACAGGACACAUGUCCCCUCUCGGCGGCGAGGCGAGGGCGGCGUGUUUGUCUUGAGAGGGAGGCAGGGGUUACCGUGGUAACAGACAUGCCAAAGCCGGACCUGCUCUGCCUCGUUCAGCUGCUGGACGGCACCAUCGAGACCUUCAGAGUCAGCAAGCAGGAUGAAGGCUUGGUUCUGUUGGACCUGGUAUCCAGCCACCUGGGCCUGCAGGAGAAGCAGCUCUUCAGUCUUCAGAUCAGAGAGUCGAGCACCGCCAUCGCCUCCAUUGCAGCCAACACGCUCUCUCCCCGAUGGUUAGAGCCAGAGAAGUCCUUCAAGAAGCAGAUAAAAGGUCUUGCCUCCCCCUUUUAUCUGAACUUCAGAGUGCGGUUCUUCAUCUCUGAUCCCAACUCUCUGCAGCAUGAGCAGACCAGGCACCUGUACUUCCUCCAGAUCAGGAGCGACAUCAGGGAAGGACGGUUGCAGUGCCCGCUGAGUGCAGCUGUAGUGCUGGCUUCUUAUGCUGUGCAGUCGGAGAUGGGGGAUCACUGUCCGUCCAGACAGCCGGGGUACCUCUCGAAAUGCCACUUCAUUCCCGAACAGGACGAAGACUUUGUGUCUAAAGUGGAAGACCUGCAUCCGCAGCACAAGGGGCUUAAGCAGAGUGAGGCGGAGCUGUGUUUUCUCAACACUGCACGGACGCUGGAGCUGUACGGAGUGGAGCUGCAUGCUGCCACGGACACCAACAAUACGCCUCUAAUGGUGGGUUUGGCCUCCAGUGGUGUUGCAAUGUUCUGCAAUAUGAUUUGCUCCAGUUUCUUCCCCUGGGGGAACAUCAUCAAGAUAUCUUAUAAGAGGAGACGCUUCGUUGUACACCUGAAACGCAAACAUGGGGAAACCCAAGACUGUGAGGUGUCUCUAAACCUGCCCUGCCCCAAGACGUGUAAGAACUUAUGGCGGUCCUGUGUGGAUCACCACUCCUUCUUCUCCUCCAGCCGGACUGCCAGGAGCCCCAAAUACAACAACAGCACGGUUAAGGGCUACAAGCAGCUCAUAACGCAGCACCUGGGCCUGAGCAACAGUAAAACUGAGGAAGGUCCGGUGUGCCAGAGGGUCGUAGGGGGGAUGGUGUGGAACCCGGUUCUGCAGAGGUCUAUUUCAUCAGAGCAUCUCGAGACCAAGAGUCUGCCCUCCAGAUCGCCGCCAUCAACCCCCAACUGGAGAAGUCCCCGAGUUCGCCAUGAGAUCAGAAAGCCUCGUCCGUCAUCGGUAGAGCUCAGCACGGACCUGAAAGACAUGUCAGAGGGGGAGGACGUCUUCUACACGUACAGGGCCUCUGUGGGCAGCAGCAAGGACAGCGAAGGAGACGCAUCGUCUCAUCGCUUUUCUGCUCCUAACAGUCAAGGAUCUGGUGAGGGUUUGUUGCAAGCUGAAGACAGCAUCGGGGAAGAAGACAGCCCGUUCCACAACAAUAAGGAUGCUCUUGGUGACGGCGACCUGAUGCUGAUAUGCAUCACUCCAGACCACGAGGGGAAAUUUGGCUUUAAUGUGAAAGGUGGAGUGGAUCAGAAGAUGCCUCUGUCCAUAUCUCACGUUAAACCGGACUCCCCGGCCGGUCGAUCUGAACCCAGACUGCAGGAGGGCGACCUGGUCCUGCUCAUCAACGGUCGGGACAUUUCCGAACACACACACGACCAGGUGGUCAUGUACAUCCGAGCCAGCCGAGAGUCUCACUCCAGGCAGCUGGCUCUGCUCAUAAGACGUAAAGGUUCGGGCCGGGUCAUGCCUCAACUGCAGCUGUCAUUCGCCGCCCUCUCGCUCACCAUCCCACCACAGGAGAACAAGCCUCAGUCACCGGGUCAGCUGGAGCGGGUCACCACGUUGGAGGAGUCCAUGAAGCAGCUGGAGAGAGGGAUACAGUCUGGCACGCUGUCCUUCCAUUUUGAGAAUUUAUACAAGAGGAAGCCUGGUCUGUCCCUAAGCUGUGCACGGCAAUCCGAGAACCAGGAAAAGAACCGCUACAGAGACGUUUUGCCUUACGACGACACCCGAGUGGUGCUGCUGGGGAAGGAAGACUACAUCAAUGCCAGCCACAUCACGGUGGCACCCAAUGAGUCUGGAGUGUGUUUACGUUACAUUGCUGCUCAAGGUCCACUUCCACAGACCUGUACUCACUUUUGGCAAACUGUAUGGGAGCAGCAGACGCACACCAUCAUCAUGCUUACGACUCUAACAGAGAGGGGACGGGUACAACGUGCUUUGUUUUUGUUUUUAUAAGCCACCGUUUUGCAGAAACGUCUUAAAAUUAUGCAACUGAACAUCAGCAACACGUUAACAUAGCAAUUAGUGCAGCACAACUGGCAAAUUAUUACAUGCUGUGUCAGGUUUAAUUUUGAUUACAGUGAUUAGAGGGGGUUCAGUGGCUAUGUUUGCACACAGCAAUGAUCCGAUGGAUCACACCAUAAAAGAAUGGCUGAAAGCGAGCGCGACCCAGAUGCCGGUGAGAUAAAUAAUCCGACGCAGAGGAGGAACAAGAGCGUGCCUCUGUCUCAGCUUUCUUGUUGCUUAGAAACCAGAUGUUCUCAUUAAUCGAUCAUUGUGUCUGGAUCUCGUCAAGUGUCCGGGAGUUUCCCCUCACUGCAUGCGCCUACGUACAUAUGCAUCGACGCUAAGCUCUCCACCUGUUGCCGCUGAUGAAUUGCUUUUGUCUGCUGGCCGCCCUGUGGAUCAGAGCAGGCUUUCUGAAUAUGAGCUUGAUUUCCUUAGAGUUGCUGCAGCGGCAAACUGUUUCCUGUUACUCAUGUCCAGAGUUGGACAGUAACUGGUU